AUGAGCAUCAUGGAGGUCUCCCUGCUCACUGGCUUCUACCCCAACCAGAAUGACCUCGAACAGCUGACAAGCAACGUGGAGAUGUACGCCUUCCAGUGUGAGACCAAGACGAGCUACAGCGACAGCACCGUUGUCCUCUACCUGGAGAAGUUCCUGCAGGCCGCCCAGGUCACCGUAUACGACUACUACCAGCCUUCUCGGAGGUGCGGCUCUCGCUUCAACCUGCCCACAGAGCACUCUUCCAUGCGCAAGAUCUGUCACCAAGACGUGUGCAGAUGUGCGGAGGCCCGAGCCGCUGACCUUCCAGAACGGUGCCCAUCUCUGAGGAAGGACAGCGCCCUACUGAGACAGGAGGAGCUCCAGGCGGCAGCCUGUGAGGCAGGCAUGGACUUUGUAUACAAGGUCAAGCUGGAGUCUGUGAAGGCCUCCACCUCCAAUCCCUACAUCUACUACAACGUGAAACCCCAAGCCAUCAUCAAGAGUGUUGUAUGUCCGACGGGGCAGAAGAGGCAGGGUACAGACUCUGCCCUGGCCCUCGCCAGGAGGAAAUUCGUCUCUCAUGCCACCUGCCAUGACUCCCUGGGGCUGCAAGAACGGGAGACAUACAUCAUGGGCCACACAUCAGACCUGUGGAGAGUCCAAUCUCAUUACAUCUGUGUCCUGGGCAAGGAGACAUGCCUCAUGAAUUGGCCAGCAGAAGGGGAUGUGGGCAAGAAGAAGUUGCUGGACCAGCUGGAAGGAUUUUCAGAAUAUGUGAGCACACAUGGCCGUGAGUCCUAA